CCUUCCUCCUCCUCCCUCCUCCCUCUCUUCUUUGGUGUUGUGUCUGUAGCAGCUCCACAAAAGCCAACUCCAAGACCCCUUCUUCCUACCACCUCCACCCCCCUCCAUAAUUCCUUCUCUCCCAGCACAAGCCGAGUUCUUAUUAUUAUACUACUGGUACUUACUCGGCAGCUGUACUCGCCUCCCUUGCUUGGCCUCGUUUCUUGUUUGUUUCCCAUCUGGUUGUUGAUCCCUUCUUCCCCUCCGCCGCUCUGCGGCUAUAUAUACGGCCAAUCCAAUCCCCACCCUCAUUCGCCUGAUCAAAUCAACUGGGGAGGUUGGGGAAAGGGAGGAAAUUUUAUUUCCUGGCUCUCCUUCUUCUUCUUCUUCUUGUUCCGUAGUAUUGUUGUUAGCGCUAGCUGUGUUCUUCACAAGAUCGCUCUCGCUCGUGUCACCCAUGCUGGGCUUCUGCGCCCCCGCGGCCGGGUCGCCUCCGGACGACGCCACGCCGGAGCCGUUCCGCUCGCUGCAGAUCGCCACCACGGCCGCCGCCGCCACGACGAAGAAGAAGCGCCGGCCCGCCGGCACACCAGACCCUGACGCGGAGGUGGUGUCGCUGUCGCCGCGGACGCUGCUGGAGUCGGACCGGUACGUGUGCGAGAUCUGCGGGCAGGGGUUCCAGCGCGACCAGAACCUGCAGAUGCACCGGCGGCGGCACAAGGUGCCGUGGAAGCUGCUGAAGCGGGAGGCCGGCGAGGCGGCGCGGAAGCGGGUGUUCGUGUGCCCGGAGCCGAGCUGCCUGCACCACAACCCCUCCCACGCGCUGGGCGACCUCGUCGGCAUCAAGAAGCACUUCCGCCGGAAGCACAGCGGCCACCGCCAGUGGGCCUGCGCCCGCUGCUCCAAGGCCUACGCCGUCCACUCCGACUACAAGGCCCACCUCAAGACCUGCGGCACCCGCGGCCACUCCUGCGACUGCGGCCGCGUCUUCUCCCGGGUGGAGAGCUUCAUAGAGCACCAGGACACCUGCACCGCCGGGCGGGCACGGGCGGACGCCUCGCCGGCGUGUGGUGGCGGCGGCGGCGGCCUGGCUACUGGUAGUGCCGGGUCGCAGCAGCAGGCGCCGCCGCCGGCCAUGUCGCUGUCACGGACCGCGUCGAGCACCAGCCCGUCCAGCGACGUCGUCAUCAGCCCGGUGGCCUGGCCCGGUCCGCCGAUGCCGAGCCCUACGGCCGCCGCGUUCCACGGCCGCUUCGAUCGGGUCCCGUCGCCGCGGACGCCGCCGUCGGAGCACCACCGCGGCGGGCACACGCACAACCUCGAGUUGCAGCUCAUGCCGCCGUCCUGCAGCGUCGCGGGCGGUGGCGCGCCGGGAAUGCCGGCGUUCUGCGGCCCGCAGAGCUCGCCUGCCGUCUCCUCGCGGGGCAACGCGGCCGCCGCCAUGCAUCUUCAGCUGUCCAUCGGCGUCUGCGGCGGCGGGUCCGGGGACGCGGGCGGGCGCGGCGGCGAGGCGCUGGCCGCGGCGAGGGCGAAGCAGGAGGAGGAAGCGCGGGAGCAGCUGCGGCAGGCGGUGGCGGAGAAGGCAGCGGCGGAUGAGGCCCGCGCGCAGGCGAGGCGGCACGCGGAGCUGGCCGAGCAGGAGCUGGCGAGCGCCAAGCGGAUGCGGCGGCAGGCGCAGGUAGAGCUGAGCCGCGCGCACGCGCUCCGCGAGCACGCCGUGCGCCAGGUCAACGCGACGCUGCUCCAGAUCACAUGCCUCGGCUGCCGCCACAAGUUCCGCGCGCGGCCGGCGCCGCUGGCCGACGCGGCCCCCGAUGUCGCCUGCAGCUACGUGUCCUCCGUCGUGACUGAGGGCGGCGACGCCGAGGUCGACGAGCCGCUGCCCCUGGACGCCGACGGCGCCAGCAUGCGGCGGCGCCAGCACGCCAUGGCCAUGGACAUCGUCCUCUAGGUAGAGGCUAGAUCGAGCUAGCUAGCCUGCCUGAUCUACCUUUCAAUCACCUGCUGUUUUACCAGCGAGACGCCCGUGUUGGCGCAUGCGCUUGAUGUAAUCGAUCAGAUGCUGCUGGUAUGGAAGAUCGCUAGCUCGAUCGCGCGCUCCGGUGCUGCCUAGUGUUGGAGUCCAGUGAGCAGCAGGAGAGGUAGCCAAGCGGAGACGAAGACGAGGGCUAGCUGCUAGCUCACUGUGACGUGCAUGGAAUCUUUCGGUGUUUGCUUCCCAUUGGAUCUUGUUGGAAAAACAUUGCUCAUGCAUGAAAAGCAAGUUGAUGAUGCCCUUUGUAAAGGUCAGGCAUUCAUUCAGUAGGCACCCUACAAAGGAUAAGGAUCGAUCGCAUGCAUGCACGGUCUUUGUCGAUCACAACCAACCACUACUAAAUCCAACAACUGCAAU